CUCGACACUGUUGAGAACGUCACAAACUUUGCCUCUGCUGCCGACCACUCUCUGUCAUUAGAGAAGUUCCAGGAGCUGCGAGUCGCCAUGUCCGUGCCGCACAAUACCGACAAGAAGGCCGAUUCAUCUUCACGGACGGAGCUGUGGCACAAGUCGGUCUUUGAGGAGGAUAUGGACGUUACAGAUUUCAAGGCUGGGCUCGGGGACGAUCGACGAUGGAAGUUUCAGGGACCUUGGCUUGCUAGAAUGACGGAGGGAAAGUUUAUCGAAUACCUGGACAAGAAAGUUCGCCCCAAGCGGGCGCAGUUCCGAGCAUUGCUAAAGGAGAAACUCGCCGACGACAUUACUACGAGUCAAAAUAGGGCCGCAAAAGAAACCGGAAAAGAAGCACCCGCCAAGAUUGAGGCGAAGGAUAUCUCCGAAGAGCAAUUCACAGAUUAUUUGCGUUCAUUGCGCAAUGACCGAGUGACAUUGUAUGCGCUCGUCUCAAAGUUCCUCGACUUGGCGCCCCUGGGACAACCGGUCGGCAUCAUCCAAACUUUCUGGUCCAACCGCGACAGCCUUGCUUCUGACAGUCCGUACGGCAAAUCUGGCCCCCCUCCGAGCCACCCCUCCGCAGGUAUCAGCUACCUGCGAACCAGCUCAUUCAUGGAAAACCAUCCCGUCUAUGGUCCCCAGGGCAAGCGUACACCUGCAUUGGCUCGAGUGGUCUACCCCAAGGCUGGACCUGCCCCACCCAAGCUGGGCGUUGGAGGCUUCGUCGCUGAUGCUCCUCCUGGCGACAACGAAUUCAACUUUAGAACAAUGACGCGCGCAAGGAUCUCAUCCAACAAGACUAUGUUGAACGGCAUCAUGCAUCUGGACACAACCACAUUCGGUGGUGCCAAGGCAUACGUCGAAGCCACGACCGCCAAUGUUGAUCCCAGUGGCAAAGUCGUCCUACAGCUCCGGGAGACGAGUGCUGAGGCGCAGGUCGUCGCCAGGGAGAGCAAAGGCUUGACAGAAAUUUAUCACGAUGGUAAAACUAAGAGCUACACUCGUACUGCACCAAAAACUACUAGCCAACCUUCUGCGCGUGUUUCAGACGAGACUCGUUGGAACCGUGUCGCCGAUGAGAUUUUGGAUGAGCCAUCACGGUCAUGAGAAGAGAGAGAGUUUGGUGGGGAAAACAGGUUUAGCAAUUACGAGCUCGCUAUAGAAAUCGACGGGCUGCGUUGAAGAUUGCUCAACACCUGUAUGUUAUGGAGUUUUGUCAAGUUCUACCCAUGUACAAUUCAUGUAAAGUAAAAUAAAGUCGCAGCAAUAAGAAUGAGCAGUAUAUAUCUUCCA